CCGAGCGCUACCUCACUGACAGAGUAUCGAUGCCGGAAUAUAUCGAGACACUGAGAACAAAGUAUCGAGAAUUUCUGGUAUCGGGUGGAUGUCCCACAGCUGGUUUUACAGCCUACGGCAGACGGUUCGAAGGUUCGAACACGAUGACGGCCGCUACGCGUAGCAGUCUGACAGGUCGCUGUCAAUAAUGAAAAGAAGGAGUAUCGUUCGACGUCUGUACGCGCCCGCGCCCACCCGCUCACGCCUACCGAAUGCUGAUAAGAAGCUACAAUAGAUCCGAAUAGAUCCCCGCCGUUCUGGAUCCCCGCUCUGUGUCACAUGUUCCACACGCGAGUAAAAUGAGCAUUCUGCGAAAGAGAUUGAACGAGUUCGACGAUGUUCUCAAUACGGACGAGAUAGACAUGAUCAGCCUCAGUAAAAUAUGUUUUCAUGGCAUCCCAGAUGAGGGUGGUCUAAGGCCUUUAUGCUGGAAGUUGUUGCUCAACUAUUUACCACCAACUAGAUCGAGUUGGUCAGAGACUUUAAACCGCAAAAGAGAGUUGUACAAUACAUUUAUCGAAGAUCUCAUUGUUAUGCCUGGAGAAUCGAAUACGGAUGAUAAAGAAAGAGUUGAUGUGACAUUACAUGACCACCCUCUCAACUUAAACCCAGAUAGUAAGUGGCAAACGUACUUCAAGGAUAACGAGGUUCUGCUUCAAAUUGACAAAGAUGUCAGACGACUGUGUCCAGACAUAUCAUUUUUUCAACAAGGCACUGACUAUCCAUGUCAGAAAAUAGUGAGCGCUAAUGGUCAGCAACGUUUACAUCACAGAGUUCAACAUACAGUGCUGAAAAGCGCAAAUGUUGAAAGAAAAGGAUUAGGAGUGACCAAGCAGCAGAUAGCGGUCUCUGUCAGAAAGGCCACGGAAGAUUACGCGCCAUUGGCCGAAGGUGGUGAGGCGCAUUGGGAGGUGUUGGAGAGAAUACUCUUUCUAUAUGCCAAAUUAAAUCCCGGUCAAGGUUACGUGCAGGGCAUGAACGAGAUAGUUGGACCUAUAUAUCAUGCGUUCGCCUGCGAUCCGGAUCAGGCGUGGAGAGAACACGCCGAGGCCGACACCUUUUUCUGUUUCACCAAUCUGAUGGGCGAGAUCCGCGAUUUCUUCAUAAAGACGUUAGACGAAGCCGAAUUUGGCAUCAAUUCGAUGAUGAGUAAAUUGACGAAUCAAGUGAAGACCAACGAUCCCGAGGUUUGGAUGCGUCUGCAUCAGCAGGAACUGUGCCCGCAAUAUUACAGCUUUAGAUGGCUGACGCUUCUCCUCUCGCAAGAGUUUCCGUUGCCAGACGUCAUGAGAAUAUGGGACUCGCUGUUCGCCGACGAGGACAGAUUCAGUUUCCUCAUACAUAUCUGCUGUGCCAUGAUCUUACUAUUGAGGGACCAGCUGCUGGCUGGUGAUUUUGCUACGAAUGUUAAACUUUUGCAGAAUUUUCCAUCGAUGGAUAUCCAGAUCGUGCUCUCUAAGGCUGCUGCCCUGGCGGGCAAGAUUUUAUAGUCUUCCCAAUGGUCGCAAAUUAUUUUCCGAGGCGUCAAGAGAUUGACUUUUCCCAGACGCCGAGAUCGUGAUUUUCUUCCUACGUUGGCACGCGAUAUAUCAUGGACGCAUCGUUCGCGUGAGGAGAGAGAGACCCGAUGAGAUAUGAUAAGAUAUGUAUUGUAACAUAAUGUCAAUCGCAUAGACAUCGGAGGCUCAUUAGGAGGUAAUUAUUAGCAUUUUUUGUUGUAUCGAGCAUUUUUAGCAGUUGUGUGUGCGGCACAUACACACACACACGCACACACACACACACACACACACACACACACACACACACACACACACACACACACACACACACACACACACAUAUUACAUACAUACACUAACUCAAGCAGCUCAAACUCGUCGGCUGGUUAUAUAUCUCGCGAUAAGGCGAGCGAAAUAUCAAGAUCUGUAUACAGCGUUUCUCGUCACGUGUUAACUCUUUUCGAUACAUUUGAGAUGUCGUAUUUGUACAUACAUAUAUAACGUUUACGUCGGAAAGUAACACGCAAUACAUACACUCGCGCACGCGCAUGCGCAUACAAGAGGCUGAAGAUUUUGGAAAUACGAAUUUACAAGAAAGCGCGCGAGUGAAUUUUCAUCGCAAUUUCUUCGACGGCAGGUAAUGAUCGGUAACGACAGGCUUGAUCGUUCAGGUUGAGCAGGGUAGACGAUUUCUAAACUCUCUCCCGGUCGUCCUGUCACGACGACGCGGAUUACGCAAUAAUCGCAUCACAGUAGAGAUUUAAUGUACCGUUUGUAUACGCGCUACAAUAACGACGUGUAACGCAUAUAUAGAAAUAAAAAUCUACUACAUUUUGUAACCUUAUUUUUAUAAUAAAAAGCGCGUCGCUCAUGUGUGAGAGAUCCACGUUUAUAAAAUAAAGGGAAAAAUGUUAUCAGCUCCGCCGCCAGCGCGCGCUGUGUC